AUGGAUUUCACACAGUAUCAGCACUACGUUCCGCAGUUCAUGCUGCGAAGAUUUGCCGCAACUCAGCCGAUAGGCCUAUCUAAAGUUUCAGCAUCCUAUCGAAAGAGUGAAAGGCAACGUCGCAAGAACAAUGCAUCUGUCAAAGUUCUCCAUCUGGACAGAAGCCCACCUGAAAUAACGAAUGAAUUUGUACGACGGACUUUUGGCCAACAGGACAUGUACAACGACUGUCAUUGGAUAGAGGAACUUCGGGAGACGAUCUACCCCCCUGAUGCGGAUUGGUUCGUUGCCAACAUCCGAUCUAUGUAUAUGGCUUUUGUUACGCCCUCAGACCCCCAGGAAGAAUUCAUUCUAACAGAAAAUGCGUUCAGCAUUCAUGAAGGGCCUGUUAGCUACUCCGUGGACAGGUUCACGGGCGAGGAGAAACAAAUAGCCUACACUGAGUUUCACCUGCUAACAGUCAUCUCACCCCGGCUCGCUAUCGUUUUCCGUAGUAACGAUAUGCCAGAGCCGCUCGAAGACCUUCUUCCAGGGCUCCGUGAGCGGAAAUUAGGCAUGCUGGCUGCGAUUGCGCUGGUACACACAGAUCCAGAGCACGCAACAUCCUUACUCGAGGAUCUCCCCAUCGCAAAAGCUCGAAAUUCUUACACUACUGUGAGAAAUGGGUGUCUCGAGCUGGCUGAAGGUGCUGAUGGGAAGCCGAGAAUGAAUGACAAAUUCGACUUUAUUUUCUUUCGCCUCGAGAGUAAUCAUGCUCAGAAAAUCAACAUGGUGAUGCUAGACCAAGCAUACAAUAUUGACGAGCUGGUUUUCAAGUCGAAGGCAGGACUUCGAAAGGCGCUGGAAUUUUAUUUGGAAUAUCCGUGUCUGACACGAGGACUUUAUUCGAUGAAAACGGUCAGCGACAAACCUGAUGACCCGAGGUUGCGAUUCUUAAAAAAGAUGGAGCAUGUAGCUCGUAUGUUGGGAUCUAGUACGACUGCCAAGUACCAUGUGGAUCCGCUCUGGGAAGACAACGAAACAAUGCCCCUUGAGAUUGCUGUUGCCCAAGUUUUGGCGACCACAACAGAUACACCAGAGAAAGACCCUAUUGUCUUGGGAACGGAAAUUCUUAUAAACACACAGAAAAAGAUGAAAACCAACAUCACGGUGAAAAACGGAUCAGAUCAGUUCCAAGACAGUCUAUAUCGGACGGCAUAUGGAGAGGAAGGAGACCCCAUCAUCUGCACAGAGCCCGGCUGA